ACGGUUGAGCACAGAGAAGGUUUCUGAUGACCCUCUGAGUCUCACUUUCCUGCAGUCCCCAGAUGUGGGGGCGGGGACUAUGCUGCUUCUCCGCUGAACCCAAGUUUUAUUUGCCUAAUGAGUCUUAUUUGCCUUUCUGUCCUGUGGACUUUGUGCUUUUUCCAACCUGGAAUGUAAAUAAAUGAAAAGGGGUGUUCUCUUCCAUCACCAGCCUCUGUUUAUGUGCAGGGCUCAGAUCAGCUGGGUAUUUGGAAGUUUCUGUGCACAUCGAUGGCAUUUUUUGUUUUUAAGAAUAAUUUAAAAGUGUGGUUAUUUGUCCUCGAAAUGGGUGACAUCACCCAAAAAGGAUAUGAAAAGAAGAGGUCAAAACUAAUUGGAGCCUACCUGCCCCAGCCUCCGACAGCGAAUGGAGCUGCCGUGGUCCGGUGUAGACUGCAGCACAGUGAAGGAGCCCCGGGAAGAGCGCUGCACUCCGGCAACAUCGGGGUGUGUGACAUCCGAGAAGCCGCGGUCAGAGAGCGGGCGGCCAGCACCGCGGGGAACCGGCCGCUGUUUUACUUUCGCUUCGGGGUGGAUCAAGCUUUGCCUCCCGAGCGCCGGGCUCCAGUCACUCCUGCCUCUUCCACUCGCUAUCACCGCCGAAGGUCCUCAGGGUCACGAGAUGAGCGCUAUCGGUCGGAUGUCCACACAGAAGCUGUGCAGGCAGCGCUGGCUAAACACAAAGAAAGGAAGAUGGCAGUGCCUAUGCCUUCCAAACGCAGGUCCUUGGUUGUGCAGACCUCGAUGGACGCCUACACACCUCCAGAUACCUCUUCUGGCUCGGAAGACGAAGGCUCGGUGCAGGGAGACUCCCAGGGGACCCCCACCUCCAGCCAGGGCAGCAUCAACAUGGAGCACUGGAUCAGCCAGGCCAUCCACGGCUCCACCACAUCCACGACCUCUUCCUCCUCCACCCAAAGCGGGGGGAGCGGCGCCGCCCACAGACUGGCCGACGUCAUGGCCCAGACGCACAUAGAAAAUCACUCUGCACCUCCUGAUGUAACCACUUACACCUCAGAACACUCGAUACAAGUAGAAAGGCCACAAGGCUCAACGACAUCACGGACGGCACCAAAGUAUGGCAACGCGGAGCUCAUGGAGACUGGCGAUGGGGUGCCAGUAAGUAGCCGGGUGUCAGCGAAAAUUCAACAGCUCGUCAAUACGCUCAAACGACCGAAGCGGCCGCCGUUACGGGAAUUCUUUGUUGAUGACUUUGAAGAAUUGCUGGAAGUUCAGCAACCGGAUCCGAACCAGCCAAAGCCAGAGGGAGCGCAGAUGUUGGCGGUACGUGGGGAGCAGCUGGGAGUGGUGACGAAUUGGCCGCCAUCGCUCGAAGCUGCAUUGCAGCGGUGGGGGACCAUCUCCCCGAAGGCCCCAUGCUUGACCACGAUGGACACGAACGGGAAGCCCCUGUACAUCCUUACUUACGGCAAACUGUGGACAAGAAGUAUGAAGGUUGCUUACAACAUUCUGCAUAAAUUAGGUACAAAGCAGGAACCUAUGGUACGACCAGGAGACAGGGUGGCGCUGGUGUUCCCCAACAAUGACCCCGCCGCAUCCAUGGUGGCCUUCUACGGCUGCCUGCUGGCUGAAGUUGUUCCCGUGCCCAUCGAAGUGCCACUCACCAGAAAGGACGCAGGGAGCCAGCAGAUCGGGUUCUUGCUUGGAAGCUGUGGAGUCACUGUGGCCUUGACGAGCGACGCCUGCCACAAAGGGCUGCCGAAAAGCCCAACCGGGGAGAUCCCCCAGUUCAAAGGUUGGCCAAAGCUGCUGUGGUUUGUCACAGAGUCGAAGCAUCUCUCCAAGCCCCCUCGAGAUUGGUUCCCACACAUCAAAGAUGCGAACAAUGAUACCGCGUACAUAGAGUAUAAGACCUGCAAGGACGGAAGCGUGCUCGGGGUGACCGUGACCAGGAUCGCGCUGCUGACCCACUGCCAGGCCCUCACGCAGGCAUGCGGCUACACGGAAGCGGAAACCAUAGUGAAUGUGUUGGAUUUCAAGAAGGACGUUGGGCUCUGGCAUGGCAUCCUAACAAGCGUCAUGAACAUGAUGCACGUGAUCAGCAUCCCAUACGCGCUGAUGAAGGUGAACCCGCUGUCGUGGAUUCAGAAGGUCUGCCAGUACAAAGCAAAGGUGGCUUGUGUCAAAUCCAGGGACAUGCACUGGGCAUUAGUAGCACACAGAGAUCAGAGAGACAUCAACCUCUCUUCUCUCCGGAUGCUGAUCGUGGCUGAUGGUGCAAAUCCCUGGUCUAUCUCCUCCUGCGACGCGUUCCUCAACGUCUUCCAAAGUAAAGGCCUGCGCCAGGAGGUCAUCUGUCCUUGUGCCAGCUCCCCAGAGGCUCUCACCGUCGCCAUCCGGAGGCCCACAGAUGACAGCAACCAGCCCCCGGGCCGGGGUGUCCUCUCCAUGCACGGGCUUACCUACGGGGUCAUCCGGGUGGACUCCGAAGAAAAGCUGUCUGUGCUCACCGUGCAGGAUGUCGGCCUCGUGAUGCCUGGCGCCAUCAUGUGUUCAGUGAAGCCGGACGGCAUUCCCCAGCUGUGUAGAACGGAUGAAAUCGGGGAGCUCUGCGUGUGCGCCAUUGCCACGGGCACGUCCUAUUACGGCCUCUCGGGCAUGACCAAGAACACCUUCGAGGUGUUCCCCGUGACGAGCUCGGGGGCCCCUGUCAGCGAGUACCCCUUCGUAAGGACGGGCCUGCUGGGCUUCGUCGGCCCCGGGGGGCUCGUCUUCGUGGUGGGCAAGAUGGACGGGCUCAUGGUGGUCAGCGGGCGCAGACACAACGCGGACGACAUCGUCGCCACGGCGCUGGCCGUGGAGCCCAUGAAAUUCGUCUACAGAGGAAGGAUAGCUGUGUUUUCCGUAACUGUCCUGCACGACGAGAGGAUAGUGAUUGUGGCCGAGCAGAGGCCAGACUCCACGGAGGAGGACAGCUUCCAGUGGAUGAGCAGGGUGUUACAGGCAAUUGACAGCAUACAUCAAGUUGGGGUUUAUUGCCUGGCCUUGGUUCCAGCAAACACCCUCCCCAAAACCCCACUCGGUGGGAUCCACUUGUCAGAAACGAAGCAGCUCUUCCUGGAGGGCUCACUCCACCCCUGCAACGUCCUGAUGUGUCCCCAUACCUGUGUCACAAACUUGCCUAAACCUCGACAGAAGCAGCCAGAAAUUGGCCCUGCCUCUGUGAUGGUGGGGAACCUGGUGUCUGGGAAGAGGAUUGCGCAGGCCAGCGGCAGAGACCUGGGCCAGAUAGAGGACAAUGAUCAGGCCCGCAAGUUCCUGUUUCUGUCGGAGGUCCUGCAGUGGAGGGCGCAGACCACCCCCGACCACGUCCUGUACACGCUGCUCAACUGUAGGGGUGCCAUAGCAAGCUCGCUGACGUGUGUGCAGCUGCAUAAGCGCGCCGAGAAGAUCGCCGUGAUGCUACUGGAGAGGGGGCACCUGCAGGACGGGGACCACGUGGCUCUCGUCUACCCACCAGGAAUAGACCUGAUUGCAGCUUUUUACGGCUGCCUGUAUGCGGGCUGCGUGCCCAUAACCGUCCGCCCCCCGCACCCGCAGAACAUCGCCACCACGCUGCCCACCGUGAAGAUGAUCGUGGAGGUGAGUCGCUCUGCCUGCUUGAUGACAACACAGCUGAUCUGUAAGUUGUUGCGGUCCCGGGAGGCAGCUGCGGCCGUAGACGUCAGGGCGUGGCCCCCCAUACUGGACACAGACGAUUUGCCAAAGAAACGGCCUGCCCAGAUCUACAAACCUUCCAACCCAGACACGCUAGCUUAUCUUGACUUCAGUGUGUCCACAACGGGGAUGCUGGCCGGAGUGAAGAUGUGCCACGCAGCCACCAGUGCCUUCUGCCGCUCCAUCAAGCUGCAGUGUGAGCUCUACCCCUCGAGAGAAGUGGCCAUCUGCUUGGACCCGUACUGCGGACUUGGGUUUGUCCUGUGGUGCCUCUGCAGCGUGUACUCUGGGCACCAGUCCAUUCUCAUCCCGCCUUCUGAGCUGGAAACCAACCCUGCCUUGUGGCUUCUUGCCGUGAGUCAGUACAAAGUCCGGGACACGUUCUGCUCCUAUUCAGUGAUGGAACUUUGUACCAAGGGGCUGGGCUCACAGACAGAAUCACUCAAGGCACGGGGCCUGGACUUGUCCCGCGUGCGGACCUGUGUGGUCGUGGCAGAGGAGCGGCCUCGGAUAGCGCUCACCCAGUCUUUCUCAAAGCUCUUUAAAGACCUGGGUCUCCACCCGCGGGCCGUGAGCACCUCCUUCGGCUGCAGAGUGAACCUGGCCAUUUGCUUGCAGCCCCACAGGCUGUGGAAGGCGGCCGAGCAGGGGACCUCGGGACCUGACCCAACCACCGUGUAUGUUGACAUGCGAGCUCUGAGGCACGACAGAGUGCGUUUAGUGGAAAGAGGCUCUCCUCACAGCUUGCCGCUGAUGGAAUCAGGAAAAAUCCUCCCGGGGGUUCGGAUCAUAAUUGCCAAUCCAGAAACAAAAGGACCGUUGGGCGACUCCCACCUGGGUGAGAUCUGGGUUCACAGUGCCCACAACGCCAGUGGCUACUUCACCAUUUAUGGAGACGAGUCCCUCCAGUCAGACCACUUCAACUCAAGGUUAAGUUUCGGAGACACGCAGACGGUCUGGGCGCGGACGGGCUAUUUGGGGUUCCUGCGGAGGACGGAGCUCACAGACGCAAACGGAGAGCGCCACGAUGCCCUGUAUGUGGUGGGGGCUCUGGAUGAGGCAAUGGAGCUGCGGGGGAUGAGGUAUCACCCGAUAGACAUCGAGACCUCAGUCAUCAGAGCCCAUAAAAGCGUCACAGAAUGCGCUGUGUUCACCUGGACAAAUUUGCUGGUGGUGGUGGUUGAGCUUGAUGGGUCCGAGCAAGAAGCCUUGGACCUGGUCCCCUUGGUGACCAAUGUGGUCCUGGAGGAGCACUACCUGGUGGUGGGGGUGGUGGUUGUGGUGGACAUCGGUGUGAUCCCCAUCAACUCCCGGGGAGAGAAGCAGCGCAUGCACCUGCGUGACGGGUUUUUGGCCGACCAGCUGGACCCCAUCUAUGUGGCCUACAACAUGUAGUCUCGUCUCUGGCUCCCAUGGACCUUUCCAGGGAAGGAAACGUUUUUCUCGGUGUCACUGAAGUUUGCAGACACGAGGGCAACAUUCACUGGGAUGGAGCCUUUGGUCACGCCUCAGCGAGACUCCACAGCGGUCCUGGUUGGCAUGGGGGUGAAAUGUGAAAUGUGAAUUUACCACUGAAGUUUGCUCAGAAGGACUUUGGAUUACUGCCUUCGGUUUGUUGGAAAACCCAUUUCAAAAACUUUCUUUUCUUUUUUUUGUUUUUUUAAUUAUUGGAUAAGUGCUUUCUUCGUAAAUGUGGUAUUUUGUUAAGCCAAAAUAGCAAUUAAAAAAUAUUCUGCCCUCAAGAUGGGUUCUUUUAAACAAUUUAUGUAGUGUGACAAAGAAUUGUUUUCUCUGUUUAAUGUGUCAUGAAAUCUUAAUGACAUGGACCUUGUUACUGAUUUAAGCCAUUGCUAGAUCUUAUCCUUUUAGGAAAGUUUGUUGAGGUACGAGGAAACCUUCCAAAUAGCACCUUCCAAUUAGAUUUUAGCAGCUUUCUUUGUCAGAAAUGUACUGAAGAAACAAAGGCUAGCAUACGGCCUUGGAAGUUAGCAUAGAGUGAGAAGGAAUUAUACAUAAGGUGUAUUUCGGCAACUAUCUUGCAGAUAACUUUGUACUAAACUAAAAAGAUAAAAUAAGUUAACUUCUUCAUAUGUAAUUAUGUACAAAACGUUUAAUUUAUUUUGAUCUCUUUAGAAGUAUAAAAGAGAAAAAACAUUCAAGAACAUUAAAGUCUUGUAAUGUUUGCUAAUAUAAAAAAGUGUUGUAUUAUCUUGCGUGGAUAGUAUCACAACAAAUAUAUAUAUAUGAAAUAUAAAUUCACUAAUGAACAAAGGAGAUUUUAAAGUUUAAAAUGCAGAACCUGUCACUUGCAUGGUGUCCCCUCCACUGUACUGUAGAUAAAGAGAGAUUCUCUCACACCCACUUUGCUGAUGUGAGCAAUCACAGAUUGCCGGUAGCCCGGUCUAAAUGUUUCUUCUAGAACCAGAGACCAGCAAGUGAAAUUAUUGCCAUCUCAGAGAUGGGGAAGGAAUUUGAGGCUAAAUGUGCACUAUCUUUCCUUUGCUGUGGGGGCAACAGCGAACGGUGUGCCAGCAUGUGCUUAGUACGCGGAGCGGGCAUUAGGGAAGGCAGGUGUGUGUGGCACUGUUCUCUUAGCUGCAAGAAUUCGCUGCACAAUGUUCUUCAUCAUUUUUGUUAGUGUCACCCCUUUUGGUCCUUGGUAUGAAAAGGAAUGAUAUUCUGUGGUCGUUUGCACUGGGUUGUGUUGAGUCCCCUCAGAUGGCCACUGUAUGGAGUGGACAGAGUGUCCAGAACAGCUUUAAGGGAAAAGACUCACCUAGGAGAUCGUCUCCUCGGCCAGCUCUCUGGGGUUCCCUGCCCCGGCGUGAGCAAAACCCACAGGGAACUCGCAUGAGCUGCCCCCGGACUCCUAACAGAGCCACUGGCUGGAGCAAGAAAGCCUCACAGCUGCCUUCAUCUCGCCACCUGUGGACAACACGUUUCUGAUUUCCGUCUCUUGCUGCUGCUGCUGCUGCUGCUGCUGCUGCUGCUGCCGCCGCUGCUGCCGCUGCCUCACACGCCUUCCAAUUUUCAUGUCUCACCUGUACACUCCUUGAUUGAAUUGGCCCAUCUGUGUCCAGCCAAGAAGAGGUAUCAGCUGUCCAAGCGUGAUUUCUCUCGUAACUGCCCCAAUGUGACCCCGCAGUGGCUCUCGUUGCUAGAAAUGCAUGACCAAGAUUGUUGCUGGGCAAACUUGAGAUUCUCUUUUCGUUAUAUUGUAGGCAAUGUCUUCAUCUGCCUUUGCUGUAUGCGCCAGCAGUAAGCCCUUUGCUAAAAGAGAGUUUUGUUUGACUUCCGAGAUCCCAGGCUACUUGUUUUCUUAAAAUUUUAAGUGGCAUUUUUAAAACUUUGUCUGCAUGUGGGGUGCAUCCUUCCAUCUCCACAAAUUAGUUGACUUUUAAAAUAUUAUUUGGCUUCAUUGCUGUGUGAAUAUUUCUACACGCUUCAGAUACACAUUCCUACAGUCUUCUGCUUCCUACGAGGGGUGGGGGGAAUCCCCACCACACACAGAAAAAAGACAUUUUCUUACACAUACCAACCUUGUUUAAGGGGAAGGAUGGUUUAAGGCUUCAGAUCAUGUACUGAUUAGGAAACACAGUUGCAGGAUAACUUGUGAGGUCUAGCUGAUGUCGGAAGCAAACAAACCAGGUGUCACUUCCAGUAGGACCUUCACAUGCAAGGCGGUGCGGUUGUGAACAUGGUGAGUGACGUCCUAUCAUCUCUCAUGUUAGAGUUGAGGUCAAAGGGUUGGGGGCUGGGAUCAAAGGUCAUUUGUGCAAGAAAAAGGCAAGGAAACCCGUUUCAGCAAUAAAGAAGGAUCGUUCUGUAUUAGAAAUUGUGCUGUAGAUAAAUCAUUCAUGAGAAUGUAACAAUGUUUGUCUUGUGACCUUGUGCUUUUGAAGUCAGACAAAACCGUGUAAUCAACUUGCACAAAGAAGGGUACACAAUGAACAUUGAAACACAGACCUAACCCAACAGGGCGGCUUCCUCAUGGUGCUUGUUUAUUAUAUAUAUUUAAUCCUGCUUGACACUUUACCCAAGGGAAACUGUCCCUUUUAUCAGUUGAAUGUUAGCAGCGUUAUUUCAUAGAGUGUGGUGACUGGUUAGAGAAAUUCAUGUACUCAACCAAUCACGGUUUCAAACAAAAUUUUUAUGUGCAAAGGACGGCAACCUUCUCGUAUGUUAAACCACCAGUAAGCUUUGUACAUCUGUGAUAACGCCUGUUUUAUAUUCAAAUGAACAAAUAAAAGCUUUUAUUUUUGUUGCUCUGAAAA